AUGCCGCUCAUUGAAUCGCCAAUGCCGCCGCUUGAAACCAUCUUCAAGAACUUCUCCGGCACAUGGAAGCUCCACCGAUCACUCACGAGCGCCUUGCCUGGCUUUCCCUCCGGAACUUUUACCGGCACUGCCACUUUCAAGCCUCACAGCGCAUAUGACGGCAACUCCCUAAUGUAUCAUGAGACAGGCGAACUUAUAACAGAGCAGGGAUUCAAACUGCUGGCCAACCGGAAAUACAUAUACCGAUUCAGCCCCGAUGACGAGAAGAUCGCAAUCUGGUUCGUGAAAGAGCCAGCACCUGAUACCAACGAAGAAGUCGAUUAUCUGUUUCACGAGCUAGAGUUUUCUUUUCUUGAUCAACGCUGGAUUGCUAAGGGAGACCACUUGUGCGAGAAAGACAUGUAUUGGGCCUUCUACGACUUCAGACUGGAGGACAACAUGAAGAAAUGGGGCUUACGAUACAAGGUCAAAGGACCACAGAAAGACUACCUCAGCGACUCGGCCUAUGAACGUAUCGCCUGA